GCGGCAAAGCUGCACUAGUUUAGCCUCAUCGGGACUUCACAGUUCCUCCACUAAGCUAUACAGAUUCUCCGGAGAUGUUCGCCCACGCUGAGAUGAUACCUGGUGACACGUUCUUCAUGCUGGGAGGUGUUUACCAUGGUGCCGGCUCGAACACUACGAUAAACGAAGAGCGACUUGUGUAUGCCACAUUCGCAACGCGAGGGUAUCUGAGGCAGGAAGAGAACCAGUACUUGGCAAUUGACCUGAGCAAGAUCGCCGAGCUGCCUUUAGACAUAUAGAGAUUUGCUGGCUUUUGAUCAAGCAAGCCGUGCAGAGCUGGCACAUCUACAAGUUGAUACCCUAUUGUUAGUUCUGGCGUUUGAGUGCAAUAGCAAACCACGCAUUGAAUCUCAAGUGCGAUGUUGCAUGCCGCCAACG